AUGGCGACUGACGGUGGGAACCCGAACAUCACCACUGCUGGCGUCGUCAAGCCUGACUCGUGGUACUACGCUGCACGCGAUGAAGCGGUCCUGCGAUCCUGUUGCAUGUGCGACGGCGAAGCUCCCUUGCAGUGCCAGCGAUGUAGCUCCAGAUACUGCUCACGCUCGUGCCAGGAGAAGGACUUUCCCACGCACCAGCAUCUAUGUAGGCUUUUCGGCAGAUUCGGGGAGUGCGACAGCUGCGGGAUGCCGCGGCCUACUCCUUUCAAGCACGUCCUCGGGAUGUACUUUCCUGACCAAGACCUGAGGCCGCAGCUUGUCUGGAUUCGCAUCGAUCCUGUCCAGGGGCCGUUGUUCAAGGACCAUUGUUACGGGUUCUUCACUGUCGUCGAUAACCAUCUCGUGGAGGAGAAGAUAUCAGACACCUAUCGUGAUGCCAACGUCUCCGCCCAACCUCUGCUUGAUAUCGGUCGAGGCUUGCGCUGCUAUAUACACAACAGAGAUACGGCCUGGCAGCAGCACAUCAACUGGUCCGUCCUGGCUCUAGCGCCGCCCGGCCAUGCGCAGGUUGUCUACGAAUCAGUUAUCUUCUGCGCGUUCACCAGUGACACACUGACACGCUCGACUGGGCAAGACGAUCCCGUAACCUUCGAGGAUGUGACACCUCGAGACUAUCGCAAGGCUAUCGACAUGUUCACCAUCGCCAACCCACUGAACCCCUGCAUCACCGACAUUGAUCGAUUUCCCCUCGGACCCCUGGGCUGCAAGGCAUGGCCGGCCGUCAAGGUCAACUGCGCCGCAGAAAUCGAACGCUUUUCCGCCAUCGCCGAAAUGAUCGAACGCUUUCCUUCCAUCGCCGCGGACAAGGAACUUCUCUCUUCCGACUUCCCCAGCAAGAUGCCCGACGUCGAGCAAGUUCACGUGCGCAUUCAAGAAAAUCCGCAAGGCACGAACCAACUCUCCGGCCUCCCGUGGGUCUGGAGCCCCUGCGCAACCAAUCUCGACUUCCCCUGCAACAGCGGCAACCCAAAGAGCUACAACAAAAUCGGUCAGCAUAUCACCGCGGUCUACCAUGCGAUUUCGGAAGGAAAGACGGCGGAACAGGAGACACGCUCGGUCGAGCUCGACGCCGCCAACGGACAGGGCGCCUACGGCGGCACAAUCCUGGUGAUGCACUACAAGGGCGCGCCCAUAGCGAGUGAACAUGUCACGGCCUUCCAUCAGUUCAUUGAGGAGACACGGGUCGUGUAUGAUCCCCCGAUUGGCGAUACUCUCAGCCGACGGGGCUGUGAGGCCUUCUGGGAUAAAUGGGUGGAGCAGCGGCGUCGGGAGGGGGUUGAUAUGAGCGGCGUUGCGUCUCCUUACGCUUUUGAGUGGUUUGCUGGGUCGGAGUGGGAGUGA